ACUGCAUGAGUGAGUGUCAGCGGCACUCAGUACAGUUACUGACGUCCCGUGCUGUGAACGAUCACCCGUUGAUCGUCAUCGUCGUCGUCGUCGUUGUCAUCGGCUUUAACAUCCGAGUCGAGUGUGAAGCCUAUGGAGUGAGCCAUUGGCAACUUGGUAUGCACGUAUGGAUGAGAUCAUCACGAUGACUGUACCUCCGCCAUUAUCUGCGAAGACACAGACCCGGGAUGCGAGCCAGGCCGGUCGGCAGACUGUGUCAAUCCGGACCGUUUCCCCUUCCCCUUCCGUCUCGUUGCCUCUCGCCACCGGGCCCGGAGCAACGGUAUUUGUCGGAGUAAGCGCUCCUACCGCCGAUUCCGUGACAACCUGCAGGAGAAGAAUCCCGGAAGUGCAAUCGGCGAACGGUGGCUGCGAGGAGCGAAGCAACAUCGUCGAAUCGUCGCGGCAGCAGCGGUGGCAGCAGUCGCAGCAUCAGCAGGCCGCUCAUAUAGUGAAGAUUAAAAUCAAUCCGGAUGGCGAUAAAAAUAGUAGGGUAAUAUCGACCGUACGAUUGACCCUGGACGAGAACGAUCGAAAUCACGAGAUCGAGAACGGUGCCGCGCGCGAACGUUCGAGCAGACGCGACAACGGUGCGGUGGUGGUGAGUGCGACAAACUUGGUGAACGAGCGACACUGCGCGAGUGCCGGUGCUGGUGACGGCUGUGUGAGGAUCAGUGUCUUCAGCGGCGACCCAGCGACUGGGUCCGACAAUCAGGAGCGCAACAAUAACAACAACAGCAACAGCAACGACGACAGCGAUAAGCGUAGCCAGGACGACGACAGAAGUGAUAACAGAGACAUGGUGCACCGCGGUACCACUGAAACCCUGAACUCAUCCACCCUUGGCAGCCGUUCGAGCGCCUGUUUCUAUUACAAUUCAUAUCAGAGCCCAUUAAGCGGCAUGGUGAUGUCGAGCGGACAAUGUUCGCCCAGCGACACCUUGGACAGUGGCACUUGCAGUGACCUUGACGGAACGCCACCGCCACUGCCAAAAAAGAAGAACUCCAGUACGGUAAUCCUGUCCAACAGCACGCAUAACCGGACUGGCAGCCUGACUAGCAGCGGCGCCGAGGUCGACAGCGACGACAAUGAGAGCAAUAUCAGCUGCGACUCCUUGAACGGCGCCGAAGUGAACGGCGAAGACACAAGCGAAUAUCGAGUGCACGAAAUGCCGAAGGAUGUUGAGGAAACAGUUGGCGUUGUUGAGAAAUUGGGCCGAAUCACGCUGACGAAUAGCGUCAAUGAUACGAUCGAGGAAUCGAACGGCGUUCAUCGUCAGAUCUCAAUAACGGAACUCGGUUGCGCGCCAUGCUCGCCGGUGUCGUCGGCCAACGUCUCGCCGUCACCAUCCGGAACAUCGUCCUUGUCGAAAGCCUCCUCGACGCCGCGGGUGAGGAGCCCUGAUCCUGCAAUCGAGCAAAACGGCCAAUCGGUGUUGUCGCCGGUAAUUAAAGAGUGCACAUACGAAGAGAGGAAGCAACGGGAACAGGAAAGGAUAGAGCAGGAAGAGUGCGUCAAUGCCACUCAGAAUCGGUCGACUGGUCACAAAUACCUAUACGAGGACGACAGGUACUACAAUUUCCACGUGAACGAGUUGCGCGAUAAUAAUAAGAACUCAAACGGCGAACAUGGAGUGGCUGAGAACGACGAGUGUUUUGCUGGUUAUAAAAUCCACGACAAGGAAGCCAUACGAAGUGCCAAAGGGACCGUGCGCGGUGUGAAGAAUAGAGUACGAGCAGGCAUCGCGACGUUCCUGCAGUCGCCUACCUCCAAGGCUUACGUGGAAAGAGAAAAGGGUAGAGUAGUACUUUACACGACAUCAUUGGGCAUCGUUAGAGAGACCUUUACCAAUUGUAUGAAGAUGAAGCAGAUGUUAUGGACAAACAUGGUCAAGUAUGACGAAGCAGAUUUAUUCCGCGAUACGGAAUUACAGACCGAACUCAGGGAUCGGACCAAUUCGGAAGUCGUAACAUUGCCACAACUUUUCGUCGAUGGUCAAUACAUUGGGGGUGUUGACACAGUCGAGCGACUUAACGAGUCGGGAGAACUACGUCGCAUACUGGAGCCUUACCAGUGUAAAGAUGCAUGCGCUGUUUGUACCUAUUGCGGUGGAUUCCAGCGACUGCUAUGUCCCAUCUGUCACGGCAGCAAGAGAUCCGUUCAUCGUAACGAGUUCACCGUGGAAUUCGUCGCUCUAAAGUGCGCCAAAUGUGACGUUUUCGGUAUGAUACGUUGCCCGCAUUGCUGAAGGAAUUCCACUGAGGGAAUCCACGUACACCUGCUCAAAUCAUUUUUCUUAUUCUUAACGACCAUCUACUAACUUAUAUCUCUAUUUAAGGUGCUACGAGAGUAUAUUUUAUGCUAUGCUUUAAGCAAAGGAUAUACACGAAACGCAUACAGACACUAACUAAUUGCGUAGCCACGCUGUCACAUGUUGUAAGAUAUCGGUUAAUAAAACUUUGUGUAAAGUUUUGUAA